AUGCCCUCUAUCUCCCUUUCUUCUCCUUCAAUGCUUUUCUCCGCCUCGCCUCCUCCUCCUCCACUGCUCCGUCUCAACUCACUCUACACGGCAAACCCUUCCUUCACCGAUUCCAUGUCUGCCGCUGCUCCCAAGUGGGCUCAGAAGACUAUUACUCUACCACCUCAGCGCCGUGGCUGUCAUCUUAUUACUCCAAAGAUAUUGAAUGAAAUUGGCACCGACUUGUCAGAAUUCAAGUGUGGCCUUGCUCAUCUCUUCUUACAUCACACAAGCGCCUCUCUUACUAUCAAUGAGAAUUACGACUCUGAUGUUCGAGAUGACACUGAGACUUUCCUCAACAAAAUUGUUCCUGAGGGAAGGUCCGCUCCUUGGAAGCAUACCCUCGAAGGCCCAGAUGAUAUGCCAGCACACAUCAAAUCAUCAAUGAUUCCGAUUACAGAUGGAAAGCUAAAUAUGGGAACUUGGCAGUUGCUAAUGCUUGGCUUCCUCUUCUUCUUUUCUUUGGUAGGGAAUGCUUUGCUUUUGAUUGCUACCCUGGGAAUAUGGCUGUGUGAGCACCGGGACUACCCUACUGCACGUAAAGUUGUGGUCACCCUUAAUGGAAUAUGA